CCUUCCACCGUGCCUUCGGUUGUGCAGGAAAGCAUCCCCCAGGCACAGACAGGCAGUCAGUCAGUUCUACCGCCUGCCCAGCCUACACAUGCACGGCCAGCUUGGGCCCUCAGCAUACCUCUCGCGAUGCACGUGUACCUCUCGACGUCUCCUACGGGCGAGGUGUUCGCAAACCAAUGGACGUCGGAAAGGCGCGAUAAUCAAGAUGAUAAAUUACCUCAUUUUGUGUGGGAGAACAUAACGUAUGGCGACUGGUCAGAUACGAGAACGACGGACUUUGUAGUAGACCUGCCGGUGAGCGUACAAGCCAACGGCUCACUAUGGGCGGACGUAUUCUUGGUCAAAGAUGGAGCCAGUCCCGACCCAUCUAAGCCGAAUUUCGACAGCAGGGCCGUGCACCAUACCAGGAAAUUGCUGACCCGAUACCUUCCGAAGGCUAAAGUCCGCAAGGUGAAGAGUCUUAUAUCUGGUCAAGACGAACAGCCGGAGGAGGAGGAGGAACCACAAACUGACGUCAUCGCGUCUCAUUGGCACCCAAAUCUCACCUUGGCUCUUGUGUCUGAUGCCACGGUUCUUCCCUACACCCAGCUUCCGCCGCCGCUCGCUCAGCAUGUCUAUCUGUACCCCGAGAGGGAUGAAGCAGGAACAAUCGCAUUCUACAAACCUAUAAUAUUCCCGAACGAUUUCUGGCUUCUUCGUUCUCAGUUCAUCGAGAUCAAUAAAACGACUGCUCAGCUACCGCUUUCGGUGACGUUCCAGCCCCUCUCCUACUGGAAAUUUCAAAUCUACGCCUCGUUAUCACAAGGGCUCGACGAUGCAAUAAAGCAGCAGGGCGGUAGUGGCGCAGAAUUGGACGAAAUCAAACGAAUGCUUGUCGAGACGAGCCCAUGGUACCUGGGUCUUACCGCGUUCGUCAGCGUCUUGCACAUGUUGUUCGAGAUGCUCGCGUUCGGUUCAGAUGUCGCGCACUGGAGACAAAAGCAAGAAAUGGUUGGGGUCUCUAUCGUCACCAAUGUCGUCGUCCAAAUAAUUAUCUUGUUAUACCUCAUCGACAAUAACGAGCAGACCAGCUGGAUGAUUUUGAUGGGGUCCGGUAUGGGAGUUCUUGUCGAGGCCUGGAAGAUCACAAAAGCUGUCGACAUUAGGAUUGUGCCUGCUGCUCCAGGGGCUUGGUUCCCUUACAAGGUUGAAGUUAGAGACAAACAUGUCUUGUCUGAGGACGAGAAGAAAACUCAAGAGUAUGAUAAGUUGGCGUUCCGCUACGUCUCGUGGGUCACCAUACCAUGCUUGGCCGCAUACACCGUGUAUUCGCUAUUGUACGAGACACAUCGAGGGUGGUACAGUUUUGUCAUCUCGACGUUGACCUCUUUUGUCUACAUGUUCGGUUUCGCCCAGCUGGUGCCCCAAUUGAUCAUAAAUUACAAGCUCAAGAGUGUGGCUCACAUGCCCAUGAAAGCCAUGAUAUACAAAACUCUGUCCACGGUUGUGGACGAUUUCUUUGCAUUCUGCAUCAAGAUGCCGCUGCUGCAUCGGUUGGCCUGCUUCCGAGACGACGUAGUGUUCCUCGUGUUUCUGUAUCAACGCUGGAUCUACCGAAUUGAUCCCAAGCGAGUGAACGAGUACGGUCAGGUGCUGGCGUCAGAAGUUGAUGCCGUACAGGCGAAUGAGGGCAAAGAGACGGCAGAGGCGAAGAAGAACAAGUGAUCAAGUGGGGUCGGUGACUGUGUAUACCUACUGUGUACCCUCGGCCGGAACAGGGAUUAUCUAUCAUUCGCCUGCA